ACGCAACCUCAUAAGGCAGCGCGCCCUUACCCGUGGGGAGAGUUUCCGCCAUUUUUGAAAAUCGGGAAGGUCCGGGGCAAAGUGUAGUUGGUGCUGCGAUGGCAGCCUUUGCUGUGGAACCCCAGGCGCCCACGUUGGGAUCUGAACCAAUGAUGCUAGGUUCACCAACAUCUCCAAAGCCAGGGGUUAAUGCCCAGUUCUUACCUGGAUUUUUAAUGGGGGAUUUGCCAGCUCCAGUAACUCCACAACCUCGAUCAAUCAGUGGCCCUUCAGUAGGAAUAAUGGAAAUGAGAUCACCUUUACUUGCAGGUGGGUCACCACCACAACCAGUUGUACCAGCUCAUAAAGAUAAAAGUGGAGCUCCACCAGUUAGAAGUAUCUACGAUGAUAUUUCUAGCCCAGGACUUGGAUCAACACCUUUAACUUCAAGAAGACAGCCAAACAUUUCAGUAAUGCAGAGUCCUCUUGUUGGAGUUAUGACAACUACUCCUACUCCUGGAACAGGGCAAAGUAUGUUUAGUCCAGCAAACAUUGGUCAACCACGAAAGACAACAUUAUCUCCUGCACAGUUGGAUCCUUUUUAUACUCAAGGAGAUUCUCUGACUUCUGAAGAUCAUCUCGAUGACACUUGGGUGACUGUGUUCGGGUUUCCUCAAGCAUCUGCUUCCUAUAUAUUAUUACAAUUUGCACAGUAUGGGAAUAUCUUAAAACAUGUGAUGUCUAACACAGGAAAUUGGAUGCAUAUUCAUUAUCAAUCUAAACUGCAGGCCCGGAAAGCCUUAAGCAAAGAUGGGAGGAUUUUUGGAGAGUCUAUCAUGAUUGGUGUAAAACCAUGUAUAGAUAAAAGUGUUAUGGAAAACAAUGACAGGUGUGCUUUAUCAUCUCCAUCUCUAGCCUUUACACCACCAAUCAAAACCUUAGGUACACCAACCCAACCUGGAAGUACUCCUAGGAUUUCUACCAUGAGACCUCUUGCUACAGCAUACAAAGCUUCUACUAGUGACUAUCAGGUUAUUUCUGACAGACAAACGCCAAAAAAAGAUGAAAGUCUUGUAUCCAAAGCAAUGGAGUACAUGUUCGGCUGGUAGUAUAGUAAGAGCUAAGAACUCACCUACCAUGGAGGAGGCUGCUACACUAAAACAGAGUUAGCAGAGUACUGCCACCUUUCCUUUGGUUAGUUGUAUAACCACUCAUGGCAGUACUGGAUAGCUAUCUCAUACUUUCUUUAGAAGCCUUUUUCUUUAAGGAUACAGCAUAUUUGUAGCUCGCACUUUAAAAGAUGCUUGAGAUAAGUUUUAAAGAAACAAAAAAUCCCUGUAAAUAGGAUUUUGUGCUUUCUGUGAUAGUGCAUGCUUAAGCGCAAAAACUCAGCAUUGAUUACCGUAAAUUAUCUAAUUGAAUUUGUGGUGAAGAUUUGUAGUCUUCAUGAGUUGGUGGGGUGAAUUUCAUGAAGGGUAACUUGUACAGCUCCUUAUGACAAGACACAAAGAUUAUAAUUAACAAUUUGAAUUAUGGUCUUUUAAUUUAGAUAGUAUUUAAUAUUUUAAUUAUCCUUGUUUAUAUAUGUCUUGUCGUGGAUUGUCAUCCUUCAGUAUUCUAAAACCAAAACAGUCUUUUUAAAAACCUACUAAAGUUUCUUGAUAAUAAACUUUGUCAAUUAUAUAUGUUGAACCUUUUUUGUAAGUGAUUUAUUUUAUUAACUAUUUAAAAAAAUUGAAGUGUUUGCUGAAAUAGAGGAAAUACGUCAUGAAUCUCC